GCCCAGUGCCUGUCACGUGGUAUAUCGCUUAAUACAAGUUUACGGAUCUUAGAACUCCGAGCACUGGAGGCGAAAUUGACCAUAGAACUCGGAGCUCCACGCUGAAACUGACCUCAGAACGCAGAGCCUGGGAGCUGAAAUUGACCACAGAAGAGCUCCAGGCUGAAAUUGACCUCAGAACACGGAGCCUGGGAGCUGACAUUAACCACAGGACAGAGCUCCAGGCGGAAACUGACUUCAGAACGCAGAGCACAGGGGCUGAAAUUGACCACAGAACCCCGAGCUCCGCGCUGAAAUUCACUUUAGAACGCGGAGCACAGGGGCUGAAAUUGACCACAGACCGCCGAAUUCGAGGCUGAAGCUCACUUUAGAACGCUGCGUAUCGGAGCCGGAAGAGGCCCCCACAGAGGAAGCUCCGGAUCAGGCAAAGCGAAAUGGACUUUGUCCCACGGCGGAUCGGAGAUCGGACUGACCCUAAAACGCCCCUAGUGUCUUAGGCCCUCCUCUCGCCCCGCCCUUCCACUCCUCCGAGAGGGCCGGCCGCAGGGGCGGCCUCCGAGGCGACAGAGGGCGGGCGCGGCCCUCGGCUCUCUCCCCGCCCCCCGCCCAGCCCGGCCCUCUCGCCUUCCCCAGCGUGGGUGACAUUGAGCCGGCGUGAGUCUCGGUCCCGCGGCGGCCUUUCCCUGCCCCGCCUCCGCGCCCGUUAUGGCGGCCCCGGGCGCUGCUGCCGCUGCCGCCGCUGCCUCCCACCUUCUCUGCCGGAGAAGCCUCGGCGUGGUCACUCUUCUCCAAUGCGCCCAAAGAACAUUUGCCUCCCAGACCUCAGGGGAGCUCAAAGUGACUCACGUCCUAAAAGAGAAGUUUCCUCAGGCAACAACUAUCAAGGUCACAGACAUUUCAGGUGGUUGCGGGGCCAUGUAUGAAAUCCAUAUAGAAUCAGAAGAAUUUAAAGACAAGCGAACUGUGCAACAGCACCAGAUGGUUAACAAGGCGCUGAAGGAGGAGAUUAAAUCCAUGCACGGGCUGAGGAUUUUCACUUCGGUCCCCAAGUCCUGAGGUCGAGGGCCAGGCUGGGCCUGCUGUGAACUGCUGCUGGGACAGUCCUGGGAGGGGGUGGACACUGUUCUCCCCACGCUCUCCCUUGGUUCUCUCUCCGAGCUCUCCUGAUUAAGGAGUGUUUGGGCUGUUCCGUAUUCAUUAAAGGCAAAAGACUCCCUUUCUUUGGAACCUUC